AUGGCCAUCCAGCUGCCCCGAGAAGAGCUAGGCACCGCUGUGGGAGUUCUCGUUUACUCCUUCUUCUGCCUAGCAUGCAGUCUCCUCAUGGCAUGGCUGGUGUAUGCCCAUCGUGAGGGACUCAGCUGGCUCUCGACAGCCGCUUCUGUAGCACAGCAGACCCAUACUCUUGUGCGAUGGAGGGAUAUCAAGCUUGAGCAGUUCCGGCAUUCGAGCAUCAAUGUCGGCAAUCCUGAGCUGGCCAUAGCCGGCCAAUCAACUGGUCUUGACCUAGUACUGUUCUACAUCCAGUUCUACAGCUAUAACGUCGAAGCACUUGUGACCCUGUUCUGGGCCUUCGCUCUCACUCAGUCAAUCUUUCAACUCGAACCUGCUAGGUCGCUACGUAAACGAGUCAACUAUAUCUCAAAGGCUGUUGCUGUUCUCCUUCCGGCAUUGCUGGUGGGGAUACUCCGACUGGAGGCUGUUCAGAAGCAGACGGUCCCCUUCCUCGUUCUCGCCGACGGGAUCAUGGGUUUCUGCCUAAGCGGUAGCGGUGUUCUCCUCGUCGUCAUCUUGAUCAAAUACGUCUACACUCGCCGAAACCUCCUAUCGUGGAACGUUCGAUACGGCCAAAGAUCGAACAGUACGAAAAGUAGCGACACGCUCGUUUUCGACAGUAGUAACGGGAGGCGUCGCGGGAGUAUCUACGACAGAUGGUUGGUGGUUCGGUUCAGCAUAGCAUUUGUCGCGUUGGCCAUCUUCCAGGUCGUCACCAUCAUGUUUCAAGUCACCUCCGCACGCCAAAAUACUCGCGAUUCACUAAGCGACAGCCCAGAUCUAAGCACGGAACGACUGCAUCUGGACCUCUUACUCUUCAUUCCCGGCGUAUCCGCGAGUUUGUUGACCUUUGUUGUUUUCGGCACGACGAAGACAUUCCGAGAUUAUAUUGCUAGCAAACUCAUCCCGCGAUGGCUCAGGGAUAGGAGUAGGAUGAAGACAAGCAGCCCGCCAUCUCGGCGAAACCGCUUGUCGCAGACGGUUUCCAAGAGGACCGCGGCAUAUCCGCCGCGGCUCUCAUUGACGCCAUACGUCACGAACGACGGCGGUCUUUACUCUCCAAUCUAUGAUGGAAACGACAUUCAGCUGGGGGACCUGAAUGUAAAUGGCUCGAGCAAGGUCGCCGAGGACGACCAGUGGCCGUUGGUGAGCCCCAACGCGGGCUCUAGUGACCUAAAAAAACCUGCAAAUGUGCUCGCUUUCUGUCUUAAGGCUAUGUCACAAGCAUUCGCAGGUGGUUCAGGCCGCAACGUCGCUUCAUCACUUCUGAUCCGGGCUGCCCACGUAGCCCGGCGACAUUCGGAGGGUUAUGCCACAGAGUUGCGGGACAUCCUGACCGGUAUUGUUGUCCAUGGCCCGACCGGCAACUACAAUUCUUAA